CUUUUUUGCAGGACUUUUUUUUGGGGGGGGGGGAGUAAAAAAAUAAAUAUUAUCUCGAACGACCCUGUGUGCACCUUUGUUAUGCAUGGGCUUUCAAGGGUGCACUAGCAUUACACUAGUCUAAUUUCAGAGGCUUGGGUGCAGGCAGGGGGAUGCCUAUAGAUACACCCAGCUCUAAAAAGGUGAUUUACUUUUGCCAAGUAAAACUCUCUUUCACCUUCCGAUUGGAGGCUGUUCUAACGACAGAGAGGCCCUAUGAGAAAAAGGGAAAGCUAAGGAUGCUGGAGCAGAACAAUGGAUUUCUCCUUCUCUUUCAUGCAAGGGAUCAUGGGAAACACAAUUCAGCAACCACCUCAACUCAUUGAUUCGGCGAACAACCGCCAAGAGGAUGCUUUCGAUGCCCACAGUGACAUCACAGAAGAUGGUCGGCAGACACCCUAUGAAGCUGCCCUCGCUCUGCAGCAAGGUUUUCAGUAUCCCACGCCAACGGCCGAGGACCUCCCGCCCCUCAUUAAUGGAUUUCCCCAAAUUGGCAUGUACGAGCCCCAGACCAAAUUCCAGUCCUUCAGCCAGUAUCCCAAUGGCUCUGCCAACGGCUUUGGCACCGUUAGAAACUUUAGCCCACCGGAGUAUUAUCAGAUGGAGAACUCUAACCUAAGGCCACAAGACCUUCUGGAGAAGCCCUCCCCUCCCCAGCCCCCUCCUCCCUCCGUCUCUCAAACGGUGAUUCCAAAGAAGACAGGCUCACCAGAAAUUAAACUGAAAAUAACCAAAACUAUCCAGAACGGCAGGGAAUUGUUUGAGUCCUCACUGUGUGGGGACCUUUUAAACGAAGUGCAAGCGAGCGAGUUUGCGAAGUCCAAACACGAAGGGAGGAAGGAGAAGCGGAAAAAAAGUAGCAAGCAUGACGCUGCCCAUUCGGAAGAGCGCAAGUCACGUAAGAUUCCCAAGCUCGAGCCGGAGGAGCAAAAUAGACCAAAUGAAAGGCUUAGCAUCCAGUCUGAAAAACCAAGGGAAGAAAUGGCAACACUGGAUGAAACACCGGCACAACAGGUUGCUGCUUCCCUUUCCAUUCAAGAGGCAAGUGAUUGCAAGUUUGAGGUGGGAGAUCUUGUCUGGUCCAAAGUGGGGACGUAUCCGUGGUGGCCCUGUAUGGUUUCAAGAGAUCCUCAACUCGAAGUUCAUACUAAAAUUAACACAAGAGGUGCACGAGAAUAUCAUGUUCAAUUCUUUAGCAACCAACCGGAAAGGGCUUGGGUACAUGAAAAGCGGGUACGAGAAUAUAAAGGACGUAAACAGUAUGACCAGCUGGUGGCAGAGGCUGCUAAGCAGGCCAACCAUUCUGAGAAACAAAAGAUUCGCAAACCGAGGCCACAGAGAGAACGGGCACAGUGGGAUAUUGGCAUCGCCCAUGCCGAGAAAGCGCUAAAAAUGAGCCUGGAAGAGAGGAUAGAGCAGUACACCUUCAUCUACGUAGAUAAAGAGCCAGAAGAGGUGUCGUCCAAAGCCAAACGGAUUGUCAUGCCUAAGAUUGAGGCUAAAAAGAUCCGCAAAAUCAAAUCCCCGCCAAGCUCUCCGCCAGAAGAGAUUGAUGACGAUUUGGCCGCACCUUCCCCACCCAAAACGGAGGUCCGGAGGUAUAGUCAGAGGAGACAGUCCAGUGCCGAUAAAGAAUCCCCUCCUGUGAAAAUUCAGUGGAAAACUGCUGCAGCUAGAAAAUCCCUCCCAGCGUCCAUAACCAUGCACAAGGGAACUCUGGACCUUCAGAAAUGUAAUAUGUCUCCGGUUGUUAAAAUUGAACAAGUUUUUGCUCUUCAGAAUGCCGCUGGGAACGGAAAGUUCAUUGAUCAGUUUGUUUACUCGGCAAAGGGCAUAGGAAACAAACCAGAGAUCAUCAUCAAAGGGCACGACAAAGUCACUUCCGUCUCCAUCCCGCGAACGGAGAGAGCCUCGACACAAAGUGCACCCUCUCCAGAAACGUCUUCUGGGUUGGCAAGUUCUGUAGAAAAGAAGCAACAGAGGAGAUCAAUACGAACUCGCUCAGAGUCUGAGAAAUCCACUGAGGUUGUGCCAAAGAAGAAGAUCAAAAAGGAGCAGGUAGAAACAGCCCCACAGGCAGCAGUGAAGACUGGAUUACAAAAAGGUGCCAGUGAGAUUUCCGAUUCUUGUAAACCUCUGAAGAAAAGAAGCCGAGCCUCCACAGAUGUAGAAUUGGCUAACUCAGCUUACAGAGAUACCUCCGAUUCUGAUUCAAGAGGACUUAAUGAUUUACAGGGUAGUUUUGGAAAGCAGUCAGACAGCCCAUUGGCUACAGCAGAUGCUGAUGUUUCUGAUGUCCAGUCGGUCGAUUCAAGCUUGUCAAGAAGAGGUUCAGGGACAAGUAAGAGAGACACUGUUUGCCAGAUUUGUGAAAGCACCGGGGAGUCUCUAGUCUCCUGCGAAGGUGACUGCUACAGUAUCCAUACAGAAUGCCUAGGAUUGAGCUCACAGCCGGAUGGGAAAUUUAUCUGCCUGGAGUGCAAGAAUGGGCAGCAUAUCUGCUUUUCCUGCAACUUCCCGGCAAAAGACGUGAAGCGCUGCUCGGUCAACGCAUGUGGCAAAUUCUACCACGAGGCCUGUGUCCGCAAGUUUACUACCGCUGUUUUUGAAUCCCGAGGAUUCCGUUGCCCUCAGCAUUGCUGCACUGCCUGCUCUAUGGACAAGGAUAUUCAUAAAGCAAGCAAAGGUCGUAUGGUGAGAUGUUUGAGAUGCCCCAUUGCCUAUCACUCAGGAGAUGGCUGUAUUGCUGCAGGAAGCUUGUUUGUGUCAUCCCACAUCCUCAUCUGUAGUAACCAUUCCAAAAGAAGCAAUCACUCCUCAUCAGCUGUAAAUGUAGGCUUUUGUUUCGUUUGUGCAAGAGGGCUGGUAGUGCAGGAUCAUUCAGAGCCCCUGUUCAGUUCAUAUGCCAAUAAAUCUCACUAUCUGCUGAAUGAAUCAAAUCGUGCUGAGUUGAUGAAAUUACCUAUGAUUCCUCCUUCUUCGUCAGCUUCCAAAAAGAAAUGUGAGAAAGGUGGGAAGCUGUUGUGCUGUGAAUCUUGUCCCGCAUCCUUCCACCCGGAAUGUCUUAACAUAGAGAUGCCAGGCGGCUCCUGGAACUGCAACGAUUGCAAAUCCGGCAAGAAGUUGCGAUACAAGCAGAUUGUUUGGGUCAAGCUUGGAAAUUACAGGUGGUGGCCAGCUGAGAUAUGCAAUCCCAGAUCUGUUCCUCUCAACAUCCAGGGCCUCAAACAUGAUGUUGGGGACUUCCCGGUAUUUUUCUUUGGUUCACAUGAUUACUACUGGGUGCAUCAGGGGAGAGUCUUCCUCUACGUUGAAGGAGAUAAAAGCUUUGCUGAAGGGCAGACUAAUAUUAACAAGACUUUCAAAAAAGCACUUGAAGAAGCCGCAAAACGCUUCCAGGAACUAAAAGCACAAAGAGAAAGUAAAGAAGCACUUGAGAUUGAGAGGAAUUCCAGAAAACCGCCUCCCUAUAAACACAUUAAAUCCAACAAAGUGGUCGGAAAAGUCCAGAUCCAAGUGGCAGACCUGUCCGAAAUCCCACGGUGUAACUGUAAGCCAGCAGACGAGAAUCCUUGUGGCCUGGAGUCGGAGUGCUUAAAUCGGAUGCUGCAGUACGAAUGUCACCCUCAGGUUUGCCCCGCGGGAGAACGCUGCCAAAACCAGUGCUUUACCAAAAGACUCUAUCCGGAAGCGGAAAUCAUCAAAACCGACAGACGGGGAUGGGGUCUACGGACUAAACGGAACAUUAAAAAGGGUGAAUUUGUCAAUGAAUAUGUUGGUGAAUUAAUUGACGAGGAAGAGUGCAGAUUGCGAAUUAAGCGUGCCCAUGAGAACAGCGUGACCAAUUUUUAUAUGUUAACUGUUACAAAGGACCGCAUAAUAGAUGCUGGACCAAAGGGAAACUACUCUCGCUUCAUGAACCACAGCUGCAACCCCAACUGUGAAACCCAGAAGUGGACAGUGAACGGAGACGUCCGGGUGGGACUCUUUGCUUUAUGUGAUAUUCCUGCAGGGAUGGAGUUAACAUUUAACUAUAAUUUGGAUUGUCUGGGCAAUGGCAGAACUGAGUGCCACUGUGGAGCAGAAAACUGCAGUGGAUUCCUAGGAGUGCGGCCAAAGACAGCGUGCGCAACAGCAAACGAAGAGAAGGCCAAGAACGCAAAGCUGAAGCAGAAAAAACGGAAGAUAAAAACGGAGCAGAAGCAGAUGCACGAAGACAACUGCUUUCAGUGUGGAGAUGGGGGUGAACUUGUCAUGUGUGACAAAAAAGACUGUCCCAAAGCAUACCACCUCCUCUGCCUUAACUUGACACAGCCACCCUUUGGGAAGUGGGAAUGCCCCUGGCACCAGUGCGCCAUCUGCGGCAACCCAGCGGCUUCGUUUUGCGAGUUCUGCCCUCACUCUUACUGCAAAGAUCAUGAAAAGGGCGCUCUGGUCUCCUCAGCCUUGGACGGACGUCUUUGCUGCUCUGAACACAACCCCAAGGCCCACAUGGCUCCCGAGUACUGGGGCAAGAUCAAGCGUCGGCUGGAACAGCAAAAUCCGGAGGAAGCCUCGAAGGAGUGAAGAGGCCCUUUUCAUGAAAACGCAACUCCCCAACACUUGUUUCACGUUCUGGGUGGCAAAUCCUCGUGAAUCUAGAUACAGUGCCAGGGGAAGCCUCCUCAAAUCUUUUUAGAGCUGCCUCCAGGGGACUCGAAUUAGGAUCGCCGGAUCUGGGAAAGGGCAGUUAGGAGCCUGCGCAGCUGAUUAGAUCCGUUCCCCCCCCCCCCCCUGCAAAUGUGUCUUUCGCGUCUCUCGGAAGAUCAGGAAGAAGCCAGUUGGCAUCCGUUUUUGGUUUUUUUUUUUGGCUAAAAAGAGGAGAAAAGGGUUUGCAAAACAAACACACAAAAGGACCUUGAAUUUAAAAGUAUGUUCUCUGCGUGUAGAAAAAAAAGAAAAGAAACAUAGCAAGAAUAUUUAUUUAUUUAAUUUUUAAUGGACUUUUUUGAGGAUUUCUGGUUCUAAUACAAUCAGUGUGUCUGACAAAAGAGUAAGCCGCACCAGCCUGGUAUCUAUCUCUCUUAUGUGUCUUUUUUUUAUUAUUAUUAAUAUUUUUUUUCCUGUCUGAUUUUACAAUUAUGGGGUAAAAACAUCAGAUUAAAUCUUAUCGUGCAGUUUCAUAGCGAGAUAAUUCCAGUAACUUCAUAAUGAUGGCAAGAGAUUAAUUGUUUUUUUUGAGAUGGCCCACUCCCUCUUUCCUUUUUGAGUGAGUAAACGAUAAUCGCGAUACGUUCACCCACAAAAAAAUAAAAAUAAAUUAGGACUCCCAUGAUUUUGGAAGAGCAUUCUUGACGUGAUGUUAUCGGCCACUUUGGAAGAAUGCACUUUGGCAGCGUCUUAAUGUGCAUGGUGUUUGCGGUUUUGCUUUUUUCCCCUCUAAAGGGCUUGUGAAGAAGAGUCUGAUAGGUUGUGCCUAUAAAAAUCAGGGGGGGGGGGGGCAGGACGGAUGGUCAGGAGCCUGGGGAAUAUUUCUCUUUUGGCCCCGGAAUCCAGUUUCAUCCGAAGGAGACCUGGGCUUUUCUGGAAUUUUGCUUUUCUUAACCAUCGUAACUCUCUCUACCUUAUGGGAAACUGGCACGGACUUCCUCCUCGCCUUCCCGAGUUGGAAGUUUAGGCUCUUCUUUUGCAAGGCCUUGAGUUGGUUUCUUCUUUUAUGAAUCUUCUACCAUGCAGAACCUGUCCUCUUGUGCGGUUUCCAUGGUGAUAGAUGCUGAUGAAGAUUUUAUCUUUUGAAUCUGAAAGGCAGAAUUUGGCUACCAGCCGUUAAUGUGUUUUUAUAUGGCCAGUUUGGUUCUUGUCUCCUCCGAUUUUGACAUAAGGUUACUCAAAGGAAUCCCAAAGGAAUCCCAUCGCUGGAUAGGAAUGGUCUUAUCUUACAAAAGCCAUGUGUGUGAUUUCAUAAAGACUAGUUUGUUAAUCUUUCUUAAAGAGCCGGCACUGAAAAACUACAUCACUUGUUUUUCCCGUUGGGUAUUCCAAGUAUCUCCUGAAAUACUUGUCUUUAUUUAGGAAUGCUUAGUUCAGUAAUGACUGCACGUUAAUUUAUAUGACCAUAACAGAUUAGGCAAUUCCAGGAAAUAGACAGUAUUUUAUGAUGCCGGUGACUCUUUUCUUAGGUUUUUUUAAUUAGUUUUUUAAUUAGUUUUUUAAUUAGUUGAAAAGCCUAUAAAGGAAAAGCAAAUACAGCUUCUAUUUUCCUUAUCUGCCUAGGCGUGAAAAUAAGGCAGCACACUAACAUUCCUUUAAAGCACCUGAGAUGUCUCUUCGGUUUUCAUUCAGUUGGCAAAUUCCUUUACAGGUCACCGACUUCGUUUUCUCGCAUUGUAUAAGCUUCAGAAUCAUGUGGACUAGUGAAAUGUGAAGCCCUAAAAGAGGAUGAUACAUAUUUGAUAACACUAAUGAACGUUUAAAGUAAUUUUUGAGAACACUACAAUUUAUUUAUGUAUAUUUAGGUUUAGAUUUUAGGAUUAUUUUGUUACGUAUUUGAUUUGGGGGGGGCGGAAGGGGGGGGAUAGGAAAAAAACAAGUUCAUGAAGAUUUUUUUUCUGCGAGGAUUUUUUCCUAAUCUAGGAAUCCUAAAUUCAGAAUUCUCUCGUCUUUGUUUUCUUUCAUACACUCCAUUAUUCCUUGACAGAUGGGGAAUGGCCUACAGGAUGCCCAGAUUUUGUGGCAGCGCACCUUGAGAAGGCAAAUAUACAAUUAGGGAACAGAUGUCACUGAAGUUAAGGUGAAGUUUGGAAAUAUUGUAACUCCAAUCAAUGAAUGGCAUUAAAGCUUGGGCAACGCAUUAGCCCCUUGGACCCGAUCAUGUUCUCCAAAUCAUGUUCUCCUUUCUCUUUGGUCGCAUCUCCCCUCCCCUUCUCCCUCCCUCCUUCCCUCCCUCCCUCCCUCCCCCCCCCCUCUCUCUCAACUGCCUUGUUCCGUUGUGGUUCUUUUAUCUUUUCCAUUGUGCUUUGAAGAAACUUGUGUCAUACAGCUGGCGAGAUCUUUUGUCCUUAAUAGUGGAGGAUCGAGCACCAUGAUUAGAACUUGGAUGUCACCUCAAGUGCAAUUCUGCAAGGGAAAGUGGCCAAACCUGUUGCUAAGUAGAAGAAUCAUUGAUGGAUGGUCGGAAUUCAGAGCAAACCUUCCUUAGGCCACCCCUGAAGUAGCCAAAUCCUCAGAAGAAUAGGCCACUCCGCUAUCACGUCAAUUUAAAUUAUUGUUUCCAAUUUUCUCCACUAAUGGAUGCAAAAAGUGAAGAAAGCAUCCAUUUGAUGUGGGUGAUAUUUUUUGUUAGAAUAUAUCUUUUGAACCCCAUAAAGUUUCUUCAUUAAGAUGUUUCAAACUUUCGCUGGCUCAUUCACGACUACAUUUUCAAUGUUUGUCUAUCGUUCUAGACUGAGUCCUCAGCUCUGGUUUGGUUUGAUUUAUUUGAAGAAGUAGAACGGGGAGGUUUUCUUUGAAAAUGCAGUCCUACCUUAAACCAUAUAACAUCCUGAAGGAACAGAAAUAUUGAUUAUGAAUAUGGGGGGGGGGGGUUGUGAGCAACAGAAAUAUUAAAGGUUCCUGGAUUUUCUUCCCUCCUUUCUCUCCAAUUCUAAUUAUUCAGAACAUAGAAAAAUAUUCUGUAAUAAGCAAAGAACUUUCGUUCUGUUCUAUAAAAUUCUAAACGUAGAAUUUGGUCUCUUUGCCCUCUGCAAAAACGGGGUUGAAGCAUUGCCACGAGAAAUGGAAGUUGGGCCAAACAAAGGCUGACUUUCUUCUCUGAAUACAUACCUGCAAUCAGGUGUUUCUUACCAUCCUACUUUGUGUGUUUGACUUAUAAAAUGUGCCCCACCCUCUCCAUCUUUUCCUAAUGAAUGCAUGAGGGUAGGAUGUGAAGGGGUUUUUUCUUUUCUUUACAAGCAGCUCAUACCAAUGGGUAACCGCUGCUGAUUAUCUUGUACACACUUAGAAUAGAUUUUAAGUUUCCCUGAGAUACGUGUUUUGCUCUGCACAUAUCUGUGGGACAAACCAAUUGAACACAGCAGUACUUCUUGCGAGUGGAUAACGGACACGCAUGGUAGCCUGCUGUGAAUUCAGUGAAGGAUAAUUUCUGAGUGGGCAGACACCUAGCAUUGUCGUUUGUAUGUGCAAGCCACAAUAGGGGUUCCGUAGAAAAAAGAACAGUUAAAUUUUUGCUUUGUCGCAUAGGUCACGCACUUUAAUCAGGAAUGGAAAGUUGACUUGCUCCGCUAGAGGACUGCCGUUUUGUGUUCUUGCAAUUGUGGAGAUGCUUUGAGCUUUGGAACUGCAUCCUGUAGAAUGCAGAAAUCUUUGGGCUGUAUUGUCAUGACUCUUGACUCGAGACUCUGGAAUGCUUUUGCAUUGCGGCCUUGGUUUAAAUCUGUGCCUCAAGGAAAUAUGUGCUUGUCUGCAGGCAAAUGAAAAAGCAGCCUGAAAACAUCUGGCUAGGUGAAUAGUUUAAAGAGCAAUGUUUUGACACUUAGCUUUCAAACAGGUGUCUCGUGUGUUCGGGAGAUACCUGGGGAUACACAGGUGGGAGAGGCAUGUCUGCAUAUCUUUAGACCUACAACUGCUUCGUCAAACCCUCCAAGGGUUGCAAUUCAUCCAAGAAAUAUGGAAAAAAAUAUCAAGAAACAUUUCUGCCAUUUUUCUGGUUAGGGCUUUGAGGAAUGAAAUAAGAAAUAAAGGAAGGAAUAUUCUGCUCUAGCAAGCAGUCACCUGCACAGUAUUUUUGGACAAUGUUUCCCCCACUCCGUUUCUUUCACCUGUGUGAUUUUAGCCUUUCCUAUAUAAAAUCAUGCGCCUGUUGCUGUGGUUUGAUCUCAAAAGUUCUGGGCAGCCUCCCCACCCCCAAUACCAAGUUCUAUGUCUAAAGCAAAGUAUUUCGUUUGUUGUUCAUGGUGGUUUUUUUUUUCCUUUGCUCCAGGACAUACAAUGCAUCUACUUCCUACAUUGCGUGUUAGCAGCCCUUAAGUGCAUUCUUAAAAAUGCUGCGUGGCAAACGGUUCUGUGGAACUUGUAAUGAAGGGGGGGGGAAGGGGCACCUCUAGCUUUACGCUUGGUGCCCUUUCACAUACCCCGGUGGCAUUUAAGAGAUGUAAUUAUUACAAUAUCAUUGCCAAUGAACUGAAAACCCAUUGACUGUAUAUAUACAUAUAUAUAUAUAUAUGGAGAUGUUAUGGGUAGGGUUGGGAGGUGGGGAAAGUCAGCCGCUGGUACGAAUAUAGUCACUUUAACAUUGUUAUCUUCUGCCUCAUUGAAUUCAGGGUUUAAAGUACUUGAAAACUAUUUUUCCAUGCUUAUUUUACAGUUUGUAUUUUAUUUAUUCAUUUUCCUGUUUGUAUUACGAGUCUCACCCCGCCCGAAAUGUGGAGCCCGAAAGAGAUUUCCGCUUCUGUUUGCACGAUAUGAAUUUGCAGCGUUUAGGAAAUACUUGGAAAGUAAACCCCACUCCUUUUCUUGACGCUGUUAAGAGCCGUUGCCUGAGGUAGGAGCAGCAUUAGGAACUUUCCAGUAUUUUUUGUACUUCUAACACUAAAAGAGCCUUUCUGGGUUGUUGUUGUUUUUUUUGCUCUCCGCAUCAGAGAUUUCAGACGAAAAUAAAUAAAUAAUGCACUUAUCCUGUCACUCCUAGGAGAUAAUGGAGAUAACUCUGGGAGGUGGGCUUGAGCAAAUUGGUAUUCAGGUGCCUGGGUGCACCGAGCUUGGAUGCAAAUAUAAUUGGGUAAGGGGCACUCCUUUCUGGAGAGGUUGGGAGAAAAAGAACCGGACUGGUUUUUUGUUUUCAACUGCGGUGUCAUGCAUAAAUCAAGGAAUGGUGUGUCUGCCCAGCAUCGACUCUGCCUAUACCCUUAAAUUGCCAGUUUGCCAAAGCUGUUUGUUCACUGCUUCCCAUUAUAGGGAUGAUAAUAGUCCCUCUGCACACAAGAAUGGGCUAUGCUUCUUUUUAGAUCAGGCCAGUGUUCUGAACUUGACAACUUUUAAGAUUUGUGGAUUUCAUUUUCCAGAAUUCCUUAGCCCAGGCA